AUGUAAAAAAUAUUUAAAAACAAAAAAAAAAAAAUUAGAGAAAUUGGUUAGUUAGCUAUGCUUUUUCUUAUUAUUAACAAUCAUUCUAAAGAUUUAAAGAGCAUACAAAAUAACUCUUUGAUCAUAUUUUAAUGUAAUUUAAAUUAAUAAAUGAGGAGGAUUUUAUUAAUAUAAAUAAAUUAAUGUUGUAAAUACUAAAUUUAUAUAGACAUUUACAUAAGACGUAAGAAAGUUUAAUAUGAGUAUGUAUGCAAAUUAAUUAAUAAAUAAUUAAAAUGA